AUGUUUAAACUCGCGAAGUCGCUCUUUCGAAGGCAACCAUGGCCCCAACUCAAAUUCCCGACAUCUGGUUUCGAAGUCGUCAGCGACGCGGUAACGUUUGAAGAAGAGCAGCUUGAGGAGUUCCACAGGGGCGUCUACUGUCCUGUCAAUAUAGGAGACGUUUUCGCGUCGAAGUACCAAGUGGUAGGUAAACUUGGUUUUGGUAUUACGUCAACUGUUUGGCUGGCCCGUGAUCUACACCACCAUGCCUACACGACCUUAAAAGUUUUCACAAGAGAGGGAAUGGAUGAGAAUGAGUAUAACAUGUACAGUAUCUUAAGCAAAGGCAAUGCUUCGCAUCCAGGAUACAAUCACGUCCGGACAGCCCUCGAUUUGUUUACUAUUCCCCGACAAGGUGGCGAUCAUAGAUGUCUUGUCCAGAAACCAAUGUGGGAUAGUUUCAAGGAUCUCCUGAACAGAAAUCCCGCGCAUUGCUUCACGGACGAGCUGCUAAGAGCUGGGUUGUCGCAAUUGUUUCUCGCACUUGAUUACCUUCACACAGAAGCCAAGAUCAUACAUACAGACAUCAAAGCCGACAAUAUUCUCAUAGAAAUCGAGGAUCAGGACAUCUUGGAAGCCUUUGUUGACGCAGAAAUGACAUCUCCCUCGCCUCGAAAAGUCGUAGAUGGCAAGCCAAUCUACGCGACACGCCAGUUUGGAUUGCCGAAAGAGUAUGGUCGUGUUGUCCUUGGAGAUUUCGGCUCUGCAGUCCGUGGCGACAAACCUCAGAUCCAUGAUGCGCAACCGGAUGUCUACCGAUGUCCAGAGGUUAUGUUGAAGACUAAAUGGGGUUAUCCAGCUGAUAUCUGGAACGUUGGAGCGAUGAUUUGGGACCUAUAUGAGGAUAAACACCUCUUUUACGGCAUUGAUCCAAUUGAAAAGCGAUACCUGACCAGAGCUCAUCUCGCAGAAUUAGUUGCGAUGCUCGGUCCACCACCGAUGGAUAUGCUAGAGAGAGGAGCGCGGAGUAAGGAAUUCUUCGAUGGUGAUGGGAAUUGGAUAGCCGAGAUAAACAUACUGCAAGGCUUGACGUUAGAGAGAUCGGAAGACAAUCUAGAUGGAGAGAAGAAAGAAGAUUUCUUGCGGUUCGUGAGGUGCAUGUUGCAGUGGAGACCUGAGGAUCGGUGGACCGCGAAGGAGUUGCUUGGGCAUCCUUGGAUAAAAGGGAACUUGUAA